AUGCCUCCCAGGGUCUCCCUCGGCGCCUUUCUCGCCAACGCGAGAUCAGCCCUCACCGCGCCCGCGCCGCAACGAGCCAGUCCCUUGACUCUCGUCGUCGGCAACGAAUCCGCAGACCUCGACUCCCUCUGCUCGGCCGUCGUCUACGCCUACCUCCGCACCCACGCCCCGCCGCACACACUGCACAUCCCCAUCUCGAACCUCCCCCGCGAUGACCUCAAGCUGCGCCCCGAGAUGACCGCCGCCCUGGCCCACGCCCAGCUGAAGCCGAGCGACCUCCUCACCCUCGACGAUGUCCCCGCGGACCUCGCCGCCAAGGAUACGCGGUGGGUACUCGUGGACCACAACGCCCUCACGGGCGACCUCGCGGCAAAAUACGCCGGCAGAGUCGUCGGCUGCGUCGACCACCACGCCGACGAGGACAAGGUCCCCCGGGACACGGGCGACGAGCCCCGCGUGGUAGAGAAGUGCGGCAGCUGCUCAAGCUUGGUGGCGGAAUACUGCCGUCCGGCGUGGGAGGCCCUCGCCAAGGCCGGCGAUGGCGGGGACGUGGACGCGCACCUGGCCAGGCUCUCGCUGGCGGCCGUUCUGAUCGACACCACGAACCUUGGAUCCAAGGACAAGACCACCGACAGGGACGUCAGCGCCGUCUCGUUCCUCGAGCGAUUCACCGCCGCACCCUACGCGCGCGAUGCCUUCUUUGACGAGAUAUCCGCCGUUAAAGAGGACAUAUCCUCCCUGGGCUUCCGCGACGUGUUCCGCAAGGACUACAAACAGUGGGAGGACCAGAGUGCCGGUCAGGGGAGGGGGCGUCAGGUCAUGGGCGUCUCGGCCAUCGUGCAGAACCUGGAUUACCUCCUCGACAAGGCCCACGGCGACGAGAAGGUGUUGCUGAGAGAGUUCCGGAAGUGGGCCGAGGAGAGGAAGCUGGACAUUGGCGUCAUCAUGACGACGGGGCAUCCGGAUGGCAAGUUUGAAAGAGAGCUGCUCUUGUGGGCGUUCAAUGACGAUGCCGUCGAAUCGUGCAAGAAGUUCUACGAGGGUUACAAGGAGGAGCUGGGCCUCGAGAAGUGGCGCGAGGGGAGGCUGGAUGAGGUGGCCGAGGGCCAGUGGAGGAUGGCCUGGAGCCAGAAGAACUUGUCUGGUUCUCGCAAGCAGGUCGCGCCCAUGUUGCGGGAGGCCAUCAAAGGCGGUGCACGGCUGUAA